UAUUUGAAUUGAUUUUACUGUUUUCUUCCUUUCAGAAUUUAUUGAGACAGAGUAAACAGCUUGACUCAAAAGCGAGACUGGUUUAAGUGUAUAUAUUCUGAGUAUUGCCCAGCUGGCCCCUGUCCUUUAAAAAUAGGCUUGGCCAGCCGAUGAGUUGUCUCUCACAGUCAUCGCUUCCUGUAGAAGGCUGUGUUGCUUUGGGGGGACAGCGGAAGAUGUAUCCUGUUUGCAGAAGCUUCAUGAGAUAAUCAAAGAUAACCACUAAUUUCUAUUCCAAAAGCAGUAAGAACAAUCCAAUUUCCAAAGCACUAAAAGGAACAGAGCAACAGAAUAUUAAUACACAUGACUGUUACUUUGAGGCUACUCCCUACAUACCUGAAAAUAUGUAAGGUAGAAUACAUUUACUAGUUUGCUAGCAGGGUUUUCUAAAGCACGUAGCCUUUUUUAAUAUAUGUUUGUCUGGCUCUUUUAAGGAAUAAGGCUGAUGGUUCAUAUUUCUUUGUUACACGGGAUGUUUGUGGACUCCAGAAUUAUUGAGGUAGCACAUUCCCAUAGAAUCACACUGCACAGAUACAUUUCCUGGGAACUGUCAUUGACUUCUGCUUCUUUCUUGCUGCACAUCAAAUUUAGUCCCAAGUACUGUUGGAUUAAUUGGAUGCAGCAAUGGUUGGCAUUGGCACAGUGGGGAAAUUCCGAGCCCUUCCGAGUGCCCUGUCCAUGUUCAGUGGGGUGGUCGGUUCAGUUUGUUUUUUAACCACACCUUUUUUGAGCUGUAACAGGUCUGCUCCAUGUGCAUGUGUGCUAGUGUUGGUCAUCAUUAGGCAUGACAUAAGAGAAGAAUCCUCUUGCUUCCAAGUGCUUUUAAGUAGGAGGUUUGAAACUCUGUUUGAAGCCAUGCUUUAGCCCAGUAAUGGAUGCACUUCAAAUGCUGGAUCAAUGCAUCCCACAAGGAUGAUUCCCAGAGACUUCUGGAAGGCUUCAACUCUGAUGAGAAAGGGCAUACACUCACAAAAAGUAAAGCAGAGCCCUAUACCUCAAAAGAGGAAAUGGUGUCGGAGGAAGAUGAGUCCACUCUGAACAGUAACAUCACAGCAUUUGCAUUAAAAGCAAAAGUCAUCUAUCCAAUCAAUCAGAAAUUUAGGCCAUUGGCAGAUGGUUCAUCCAAUCCAUCUUUGCAUGAGAAUCCAAAGCAAGCUGUUCUGCCUAAUCAGGUAAUGGAGACGUCCACUUCGGGCAGCCUGGGCUCCCUCAGCCAGGGAGACAAGGAGGACUGCAGUUCCUCCACGACAAUUCAUUCCUCAGCCAGCGAUGACAGGUUCCAGGCUCGGACCUUCCUCAAGGUGACCUGCUUCCCUGAAGUGCUGACUUGCGAGAGUUUUGAUGUUAAGCUCUGCCUCUGCAGUCUCCUUUUAAAAGAUCUUAUGCUUCUUGAUACUGAACUCAGAAAAGAAAAACAUGUGAUUUUUAUUCAGGUUCUCAAAAUAUACCUCACAGACCUUUAUCAUAAAAAGAAGAUUACUGAUGAUUUGUUCAAGAAGAUCCUUUUAAUUCAGGAAAAUGAUUUUGAAGAAUUACAGAAACAACUUGACUUUAGACUCCAGAAUACUGAGAUGUCAGGAGCCCAUAAUUCAGAGUACCAGACCCUAGAAGACUUAGAAAGAAAAGAAAGAGAAUAUUCUGAGCACAUAAUAGAUAAUAUGGAAGCUUUCUGGAAGCAAGCUGACAAAGCCCAGCAAUUUCUUUUGGACCAGUCAAAAUGCUCAAGUGCCAAAGCAACAAAGAUAACUGCGGAUCUGACUGAGAGGAUGAUUGCAGUAGAAGGGUUAUUAAGUGAAUCACAGGAUUUGCAUGCAAUGGACAUUCAGGAAAGGUUAUUUAACUGGGAGCUUAUGGUAAAAGUGGUUGAUUCACUGAAGUCAUAUAUACCAGAAGAGUGCAAAUGUAGAUUAAAUACUGUAUCAAAUAUUCUGGACCAUUUAACAGUAAAGAAUAAUCUCUCAGUCCGACAAAAGGAAGAGCUUUUAACAGACCUGCACAAGGCCUUCUGGGAACAACUAGCACAUUUCAGUAAUGAAUGUGUCCAGCAAAGUAAAGAUCUGAUCCUGAAACAGGUGGAGUACCGUGCAAAGAAGAGAGAAGAGUUCAAACACAAACAAAAAGCUGAGCAAGGGAGUCUCCUCAGUAAAACUUUUCAUACCAAAGAUUUUCAUGAUUUUGUUAAGGCUUACCAGGAACUGUUAGAGAAGCAUCAGCAGAUACAGUGGGACCUGGAAGAGGAGGCUGAUUGUGAGAGCGCAGAGGCUGUUACUGAUCUCUACAAGGAGCUGCACUCUAAAGCUUCCCACGCUUUAGCGGAGUUGGUGAAGGAGCUGUUCCUCCAGACCCUUCCCACUGUGACUGGCCUCUCUGUAAGAGACUGUGAACUUCUGAAAGAGGAAUGGCAGGAGAAUUUGGUCCCUCAGCUGGAGAAAUGGGACGCCUACCGCCAGAGACGCUGGAAGCUUUUCCAGGAACAGUUGCUGCAAGAGAAAAAGCUAUGGCUAAAGGAGUAUGCCCUGUCUGCUGUGAUACAAAAACACCUAUCUGAGAAACAAGAGAAGAUCAUUCAAGGUGUCGUAAGCAGACUAGGAGGCCUCAGUGAUGAGUCUGUGAACUAUAUAUUGCAAAAACACAGGCUUCUGCUGUCUUCAGUACUCAGAAGGGUAACUCUCCGAAACAUUGGGAUGGCUACUCUGACCCGCAUGAGGAUGUCCAGGAAGAAGAGCUUGCUUCAGGAGCUGCGGGAGCAGCAUGUCCUGCAGAAGAGCUCUUCCCACUGCCAAGAUGAAGAUCAGUGGCAGCUACAGAAAGCAGUGGAGUCCCACAUUCUGGAAGAAGAAGAGAAGCUCGAGGAAGAAACACAGCAAACACAUUUAGAAUUUCACCAGCAGUUAGUCACUGAAAUCCAAGAAGCUCUUCAUUUUCUUCAGCAACACAUGGAGCAAGUGAUCGGGCAGACACUGCUGCAGCAUGCCCGACAAGAAGCUGCAAAAAAAAAUUCAGAUGAUGGGCUGGACUUCAAGGAGAGGCUGGUGGAAACAGCUGUAGAAAGUGUGUACGUGACCAGCAAUAAUAUCACUAGACUGGUGCAAAACUACUACCAACAAUUAGGAAAAAUCACAGAAUGUUACGAAGGGAAAAAACUUCAGCAAUUGAAAUCCUUGCAAGCAGAAAGAGGUGAAAGGAGCAGACUUAGAAAGAAACAAGAGAAUGAACAGGCAUUGAAAGAAAAACCGAACAAAGGCCUCCUGGACAUAUCGUCUGCAGUCCAUCAAAGGAUGGUGCUGCAGCAAAAGAAGGUUUUGGCUCAGUUUGAACUGCAGGAGCAGAUUCGUCUGGAGUCUCUGAAACAGAAGAUGCUGGGAUUGCAUCAGCUAGAAACUGAGCUGGAGAAUCAGCUACAGGAAGCAGAGCAGGACUUUGUCACAGAGCUAGCUACACUGGCCCACGUUCCACUCCCCAUGAAGAAGCAGCUUUCCAAAAGGAGCAAGCCAACAGGGGAAAAAACAAACGCAAAAAGAAAGACCUUUCAGUCUCCAGAAUCAGAAGACAAAGGUGAUUCUCAUGAAAAUAUUCAAGAGCCCCCUGGACAGACUUCUGGCUUAUACAGAGAUAAAUCGCAGAGUUCACGUGAAGGGGAGACUGAGCCACGGAAAAACUCAAAGAUGCUAAAAAAAGGAAGCAACAGGUAGUAAAAAUAUUUAUAUGAGCUGUCUGAACACAAAGCAUUCUUCUGGGCGAUCUCAGCAGCUAUAAAUACUUACUGAGCUGGUUUACUGAGGAACAAUGAAGAACAUCAGUAAUAACCGAGAAAUCUUCUUUAGCUACAGACCAAAAAUCAAUCUUGUGUGCCUUUGGCUGUUAAUGAAACAUUCUCACUUGAUUUUGGGGAGGAGGAACAAGGACAUCUUUCAUAAAAGCUCUUGAGGGAAUGUGGAGGUAGUUUUCGAUGAGUGCUAUACCUGAGGAAAGUGCGCUUGGAGCAAACAGAUCUGCACUAGACUGGUUGCCGAUGUUGAUAUAUCCCAGGAAGGAUUCAUUGUAAUAGUGAAGUACCAUAUGCUUUUGAGCCCUAAAUGUGGUAGAUCUGGUCUUAAUAUUUUGAUUGCUGCUUUGGACUAAAAAAUAAAAAAAGCAAAAUGUAAAGAAUAUUUCAGUAGACUUCAGAUGUCAGUGGUACAUCAAAAGAUUGAAUUUGGUCUCUCGUUUGUUAUAUUUUAAUGUUUCUCAGGCUAUAGUUGCUUUUUUAAAAUUUGUACAAAGAUUUUGUAAAUGUAUUUCCCUGUGCUUGUCUCAGAUUUCAAAUUACUGUUAGAGAGAAUGAGACAAAAUCUGUUUACUCAUUCAUUUUUACACUUCACUUCCUAUUCUUCCUAAAGUAAACUCUGUUUUCAGUAUACUUCAUUAUGCUCAUUAUGUUUCUUAUGGGUAAUUUUGUUGUUAUGCAAAGCAGCUAAUUCUUACUAGCUGUAAGAACACCUGUAUAAAGCAAUAAAUUACAACACUUAAGCAAC